UGGCGGAUAUUUUAUGACAUUCUGAUGACGAAAGAAAACACAGAAGUAUGGCUCGCACAAAAAAAAAGCUCCAAGAUGAACAACGAAUGGAGCUGGAACGAUUCCUGGCUGCCCAAAGGAGGGGUGGUCGAGGGCGGGGCAGGGGAAGACCCAGGGGUAGUGGGCGUGGUGGUGGCAGUCAGAGCCACACCUACCCAGCAGCAAUCUUCAGGCAGCCUGAUACUUUCCCAGUCAUACAACCUAGUCCUAUGGCGGCGACCCAGACCAACCCGGAACUGGUGAGUGCCACAAGCUUACCUUCAGCUACUCCUGUACCUUCCCCAUGUUCACCUGCCAUGGUGAACGUGUGUAGCAGUGAGCAGGUCAGUCCCAGAAAGAUUAUUCCAACUGUCCCAAAGGGGAGUGUCAUGGAGGGUUUGGCUUUAAGCUCCACCAAAAUGCCCCUGAAGAUGAAACCUACAGCAAGGAAAAGUACAGUGCCUAAGAGACUCUUGACAUCCGCUGCUAUACACAGUGCUAAUGAUUCCACAGGUGUGUCUCAUACAUUCCCAAGCACGUCAGGAAAUGACAAUUGUGCAGAUAUGGGCAACAUAUUUGACAUUAUGAUGAGUUCGGAGUCACCCAGUAAAACUGGGACUGGAUGUCGCAAUUUACCAGAGGCAGAUCUCGGACAAACAGUCACUGUAUUCAACAGUGUAUCUCAGGCUGUUCAAAACUUAAGACGGGGAGUAAAAACGCCAAUUGUCUGUAUGCAGGACAUUUUCAAAUAUGAAAAGAGAGGUGUCAAAGGUGCUAAAAUUUCAAACCCAACUAUGCAAUGCAGCCAGCAGUCAACAAGUUUUACAAAUUAUAAUACUCAAAAGGAGGGAUUUGGUGCUUCAGAAAGUUCCAAAGGAAAGGUGGGUGAUUCUCCUGGGUCAAAGUUUUGUGUGAAAUCUCAGUUGCCAAAAGCCAAUACAGACAGACAGACAAGCAGAGUCUCUGACAACCCCUCCACUUCAGGAAUGUCAUUGGGUACAGAAUGUACCAGGCAUUCUCCAGUGGUGUCUCCUAAUGAUAAAUUGACUGUGCCAGCCUCUCCAGGCAGAUCUCCUGAGAAAAGGAAACGCUCUCCAAAUGUAAGACUGGGCAGUGAUAUGUUUUUAUUUCCCUGGCACAGAAGCAGAAGACCAAGGGAGAAAUCUUCUGAGAACAAAGGUGAUAAAAAGUCAGGAAAGAACAGUGUUUCUUCAGGUGUGAAAAUCUUAACCAACAGUAUUUCUCCAGGUGUGAAAAAGUUAGCCAACAGUGCUCCUCCAGGUGUAAAAAUCUUAACUAACAGUGUUUCUCCAGGUGUAAAAGUCUUAAACAAAGACAGCUGUAAUGUAAAGGACAGCACUACUAAAUGUUCUUUAGCUCAGGCAUCGUCUACCUCUAAAUCUCCUCUCAUUGAAGAUAGUCUUCCAGUUCCCAUCUGUACUGUCUCUACCUGUAAUGCUGCCAAGGUAAAGACAGGUGAAACUCUGACAGAAUGUGCCACUGAGAUUGGUGCUUGUGUUAUGGAGUUGAGCAGUUCUGAAAAGGUUGAUAUUGAAAUGAGAACAGAAUCUCAGCAGUCACACACCAUCAAAUCAGAUCAUUCUCCCAUACCAGACCUGAAAUGGAAUGAUAAAGUGAACAUUGAAUCAAAGGUUAGCUGCAGCACUCAGACAGAACAGUGUGUGUCACAGUUAAAGGUGAAAUAUGAGUGCUUGCCUUCUACCUCUGCUGCAAGUGAUAGUGAAAUGAUUGUAGGAUAUUGUGAUGAUUCCAUACAGAACAAUACAGGUGAAUUGACAGACACAAGUAAGAUUGCUGGUGAUAGUGCUGCUGCCCACAAGAAAACUGAUUCCAGAUUGUUGAGUUUGAUUGACAGGAUGACAGCACGGGUGGGUAACCCCAUGAAGUGGCAGGACCUGCCCAGUAGUUCCCCAAACAAUGAAGCGAUCUGUGAUGAAUAUGAUCUUCACCUCUCAGCGUGUUCAAGUCCCUGUGAACCUCCCGAGGAAGAGUCAUUUUUGGAGGAGUCUCCUUUAGACGAUACUUUCAUGGAUAAGUCACCUUUGGAAGAAUCAUCUUUGAAGGAAACAUCCAUGGAUAAAUCACCACUGGAAGAAUCGUCUUCGAUGGAAGUUUCUAUGGAUAGUUCACCUCUGGAAGAAUUAUCUUUGAAGGAAAGUUCUAUGGAUAAGUCAUCUCUGAAUGAAUCGUCUUUGAAGGAAACUUCUAUGCAUAAGUCAUUUCUGGAAGAAUUGUCUUUGAAGGAAGCCUCUAUGUAUAAGUCAUCUCUGGAAGAAUUAUCUUUGAAGGAAACUUCUGUGGAUAAAUCAUCUCUGAAACAAUCAUCUUUGAAGGAAACUUUUAUGGAUAAGUCAUCUCUGAAAGAAUCGUCUUUGAAGGAAACUUCCAUGAAUAAGUCACCUCUGGAAGAAUCGUCUUUGAAGGAAACUUCUGUGGAUAAGUCAUUUCUGGAAGAAUCAUCUUUGAAGGAAGCUUCUAUGGAUAAGUCGUCUCUGGAAGAAUUAUCUUUGAAGGAAACUUCUAUGGAUAAGUCAUCUCUGAAAGAAAUGUCUUUGAAGGAAACUUCUACGGAUAAGUCACCUCUGGAAGAAUCGUCUAUGAAGGAAACUCCUACGGAUAAGUCAUUUCUGGAAGAAUCAUCUUUGAAGGAAACUUCUAUGGAUAAGACAUCUCUGAAAGAAUUGUCUUCGAAGGAAACUUCUACGGAUAAGUCACCUCUGGACGAAUCAUCUGUGAAGGAAACUUCUAUGGACACGUCAUUUCUAGAAGAAUCAUCUUUGAUGGAAGCUUGUAUGGAUAAGACAUCUCUGAAAGAAUCGUCUUCGAAGGAAACUUCUACGGAUAAGUCACCUCUGGAAGAAUCGUCUUUGAAGGAAACUUCUAUGGACACGUCAUUUCUGGAAGAAUCAUCUUUGAAGGAAGCUUGUAUGGAUAAGUCAUCUCUCAAAGAAUCAUCUUUUAAGGAAGCUUCUUUUGAUCACUCAUCUGAAGAAGGAUUGUCUUUGACGGAAAUUUCUGGGCAUGAGUCAUCUCUGGAAGAAUCAAAUUUUAUGGAAACUUCUAAGGAUAAGUCAUCUCUUGGAGAGUCGUCUUUGAAGGAAUCUUCGUUGGGUAAGUCAUCUCUGGAAGUUUCAUCCACAGAUGAAUCAUGUGUGAAAGAUUCACAUGUUAAGUCUGGGCACAAGCCAAGUACCAGCAGUCGGGAUUGGGGUAAAAUACAGAGUACAGAGCUUGGAGAGGAAGCCUAA